CUGUCCCAUCAAUUCUCUAUUGGUUCACUGUAACUUUAUUAUAACCUUAAAAUAAUUUUCGUUUGGCUGAACAGAUUACCCGUGAGGCCAUAAAGUCACUAUCAGAAGCACUACUCAGUUUGAAUGUAUAAUAAAUUACUGCAUGUGGUAAGAAUCGAAUCAAUAGAUGUUUAAUUGGGGAUUUGGUCAUCUUAAGUGGCUGUCUCUACAUGGGGUUCAGAAAUAUACUUUUAGUUUGCAAAUCUUGGUUGACAUUUUAAGCAAUGAGUAUACAAAUUAUAGUGGUACUGGUUAUUAAAAGACUUUAUAAUAUGUCAAAACGAGGAAUGAGCAACGUGAAGAAUUGCAAUUUCUCUUUAUACGAUCAUCAUAAACAAAUUAUAAUCUAACUCGUAUUUAUGUGUAAACAGCUAAACAUCAUUAUAAAAAAGCAUGAUCUUACGAUUUACCCACGGGUUCUCUCUCUCCUCACAUAAUCACAUUCAUAUAAAUAUACACACAUUGAUACAAAAAAGACAGAACACAGUUACAUUUCACUUAAGCCUAAUCAUCAGACAAAACUUAAAAGCUUCUUCGUGUUUUCUUUAUGUCGAACGGUAGUAAUUCGCCGACCACCCGGACGACGUCGUUUCGCGUAGCUUCCCUCGCACUGCCUUCAAAAUCUUCUGAUCAGUCUCCUCAGUCAUCUCCAGGCUCAUCUUCGUCCCCAACUCCAACGCGGAGGCCUUCUCUCCCCGCCGGUGGAUCUCCGGCGAGAAGAACGGCGACUGGAUUAUCCGGCCGGCACUCAUUAUUCAGGGGAAUUCGUCUACGGAACGGAAAAUGGGUGUCGGAGAUUCGAGAGCCGCGUAAAACGACGCGAAUAUGGCUCGGGACUUAUCCCCUCCCGGAGAUGGCUGCCGCCGCUUACGACGUGGCGGCGCUAGCUCUGAAAGGCCCCGACGCCGUUUUGAACUUUCCUGGUUUGGCUUUGACUUAUGUGGCUCCGGCUUCUAACUCUGCCGCGGAUAUUAGAGCUGCCGCCGGGAGAGCCGCGGAGAUGAAGCAACCGGAGAGGGUAUUGGAGCCGGGUCAAUCCGAGAAGGAGGAGGAAGAAGAAGCAAUAUUGUCUUCUUCGUUGGAGUUUAUGGACGAGGAAGCGAUGCUGAAUAUGCCGAAUUUGUUGACGGAGAUGGCGCAUGGGAUGUUGAUGAGUCCACCGAGGAUGACAGAUCCGGCUCCGGAGAAUCAUGAAGAAGAUAGUCUCUGGAGUUACAGAUGAUUCCAUUGAAACUGUCUUUUUCUUCUUCUUAUCUUUUUUUUCCCGGUCGGAAAAGAUUUUUGUUUUUGUUCUUUGUUUGCUUUUUGAGUCGUUGUUAUGAAUGUUGCAUGCUGAAUCGUUCCAUACGACCUUCGAUUGCUUGCAUGCGAUCAUUUAGAGCUUCCAUAUUCUUCUCCAUGACAGUAGUUGAAACGAUGACGUGAUUAUAUCCUCCUAUGAAUAUCAAAUUGUUGAUUGAGCUC